UGUGCAACGAACUGUGAGAGUGUAAACCAAGUUCAGUGGUUUACAUUGUGACUUUAUACAACUUUUAUACAAAUCUCGUGAAUUUACCUACCUACGCAUAUUUCAAGUUGGAGUUUUUACCAUGGCACCGAUUGCAACUUACGUGUUUUUCGAUCUCGGAACGACCGGUCUACGUAACAGCGAUCCUAAAAUAACAGAGUUACAUAUGUAUGCGUACAGAUGUGAAGAUCUUCGAAAAUAUUUUCGGGAUGGGGGAGAAUAUCCUGCUCGUGAAAAACUCCACUGCAGACUUGAAAAUGAAGUGAUGUGCUUAAUAAGCCGAGAAGAUUAUCACUACGAGGAGUACGAGGAAUGUAGCCUGAAGGAUGAAACGUGCCGUUUUCUUGAAGAUCUGGUAAAACCUAUGUGUCUGAUCGCGCAUAGCGGAAAUAAAUUCGAUUUUCCCUUAUUGAACGAAGAACUAGCUGAUGCCGAAGGGUUUUCACCGAAAGAUAUCGUCUGUGCCGAUACGAUGGGCGCUUUCUAUGAUAUUUUCGAACCAGAUUCUAAAAAGACUUCUUAUAGAGAAAGAAGAAGAGGAUCUUUUCCAUGGCCUGAUUAUCAUUUUAAUAAAAUGAGUUAUCGCUUGGAAGAUGUGUAUAAAAGAGUGUUUAGAGUUAAACCUAUCCUAGAAGAUGCUAAGGAUCGCAACAGGGCUCUGGUGAAGAUUGCUUUGACUCAAGGAUUCCAGUUUAUGCUCUGGGUGGCUGAAAACAACUUGCCAUUUAUUUCUUUUUUGGAAAUGUAAUUUAACAAGAAUAAUGCCAAGUAAUUAAGGGAGUAAUCUAGCUGGGCGAAUUAGCUUUAAAACUGACACUUUCC